AUGUCGAAUUCAAAGAAGAUUGUGUUGAAGAGCUCAGAUGGCGAGACCUUUGAGGUUGAAGAAGCGGUGGCUCUCCAGUCGCAGACCGUAGCUCACAUGGUUGAAGAUGACUGUGUCGGUGACGGAAUCCCUCUUCCCAACGUCACCAGCCAUAUCCUCACCAAAGUGAUCGAGUAUUGCAAGAAACACGUCGUCGUCGAUGGUGACGGUGUCUCUUCUGAGGAGCUCAAGAGUUGGGAUGCUGAGUUUAUGAAUUGUAUAGAUCAACCCACGCUCUUUAAUCUUAUGUUGGCUGCUAAUUUUCUAAACAUCAAAAGCCUUCUUGAUCUCACUUGCCAAGAAGUUGCUGAUUUGAUCACUGGUAAAACUCCACAAGAAACUCAAAUUCGCACUAUGUUUAACAUCGAGAACGAUUUCACACCCGAGGAAGAAGCACCGAUUCGCCAAGAAAGCCAAUGGGUUUUUGAAUGA